UUAUUUUUUACUUUUCUUCUUCUCUCUGAAAAAUCGAACAGGCGAUUUCACGAGAGAUUUUUUUUUCUCAUCGUCUUUUCCUCUGUCCGGGAAGGGGAGAAGAGUUUUAUAGUAAAAGCCCUAAAAAUCUCUCGAGGGAGAAGAGAAGAGAAGAGAAGAGGAACCAUGUCGAGGCGGGAGAGCAAAGAUUCAGACCCUAAACGCCAGCGUUCUAGGAUCGAUCGCGAACCCAGCCCCAAGAGAUCAAGAAGAGAUGGCAAACCUGAAGCUGAACGAUUUUUGAGUAACAAGGAUUUGGAUGUCGGUGAUGGUACUGUCACAGAGCAUAAACCACGUCAGUCUCGUCCUAGAUCAUAUCAUCAGAACGAGAGAAACUGGAGGAGCAAUAUGCAUUCAGAAAGACAUGAGAGACCAGCAAUGGGACGAGACAGAGUGUGGAACAGAGAUGGUGUGAGAGGUGCGGGAAGCAGACAGAGUUGUUGCUGCUGAUAGAGACAACAGAUUCCGCAGCAAUGAGCGAAGUGGGUUUAACGGAAGCUGGACAAGGAAUGAGAAGAAAUGGGACCAUGAUUUGUUCGAGGAGGCAAACAAGAGUCCGACUAAAGCCACA